UAGAGCGGUAACAGCCAUCAAGCCAGUUUACAACGCGUGCAGCAUCUGGUAGCAGAAGUGCUGUGACAAGAAGUAGAGAUCGCAAGUGAAUCGAGAAGUAAAAAGAAGAAUAAACAAAUACAGACUGUGCAAAUCAAAACUAAACUAACGUGAAAAUUAAGCCUGAAGGCUCAGGCGAAUGCUAACAAUGGAUACCAGACUGUUGGAACCAGCUUUCGGUCACACUCAUAAUCACAUCUUAGCAAGGUUGGGUAGGCCGAUACCGGGACCUUACGCUCAUUUCGGUGCACCCAUAGCACCAUACAGCGUGCCGUUGCCACCACCUUACGAGUAUCAUCCGCCACCUCCACAUUCGGGACUUCAGGCGACUACCGGUGUGCCCUAUACCAUAGACGGCAUAUUGGGCACAGCACCACCGCAUACUGCUGGAUUGACAGCGGCUACAGCGGUGCCGACUGGUGGCUCCGUCUCUGUUACAUCGGCUGCCGUUGUCACUUCUGGUGCUGGACAGUUAAGACAAGGCGAUUCUGUUAUAUCACGAACGGUUCUUCAUCAUCACCAUCAUCACCACCACAGAAAACACGGUUGUUCGGACGGCGAAAAGGAGAGUAGUGCCACGGGCAGCGGACAAGGCAAGAGGAGAAGAACCCGCACCAACUUCAACGGUUGGCAGUUGGAAGAGCUAGAAAAGGCCUUCGAAGCCAGCCAUUACCCGGAUGUCUUCAUGAGAGAAGCGUUAGCCAUGAGGCUCGAUCUGGUGGAAUCCAGGGUACAGGUCUGGUUCCAAAACCGUCGAGCAAAGUGGAGAAAGAGAGAGAACACCAAGAAAGGGCCAGGCCGUCCCGCUCACAACGCUCACCCUCAAACCUGCAGCGGUGAUCCGAUACCCCCGGACGAAAUAGAGAGGCGAGAGAAGGACAAACGCGAGAAGAAAUUGAGAAAACAACUGGAAAGACAAGCCAAGAGGCUACAACAAGCGAAAGUAAAACCGGGAGUCAAUAUGGCGAGUCUGACGGAAUCAAUUCACCAGACGCUUUCGGAAAUCAGGACCGUUAAUCGCAGUAAAGAAGCUAAAGAGUUAUUGGGUAACGACAUAUUCGAACUGUUGGAAUCGUUGGGAUUCGACGUCUGUGAUAUCGUCACCAAGGCCUCGACAGGUAACGAAGCAUCCAACGAGAGUGACAGAAGCGUGGUGGCCAAACAGCAGAACACAAGUAUGUCGCCCGCCGUUCUGCAGAAAUCCAGUUCUUUCAGCAUCGAAAAUAUCCUGGCCGACGAUCGCAUGGGCAGUCGCUCUAGACUUGGUGGUGGUCAUUACGUCUAUCCCAUCACCCAACCCGUAGGUUUUCUGGUCAGAGUCGACGAUUGCGACAGCGACUGCCAACCUGGAAGCGACAGUAGUGCACCCAGUAGUCCGGCAAUGACACGUGACACCGAAACACCCAAUUCCGAACCGGCCGGCGAUCAGGAUCCGUGAUCCGCUCCUCUACCUUUAUAUAUAUUUAUUAAGAAGAAGAACUGGAGUCGAACUUAUUCUUUAAAUAAAAAACAAAACACUCGACGUGUGAUUUUUAGUUUAAUCGUAUCCGGUUUUAGUUAGGUAGGGGAGGAGCUUUUAGUCCGCCCACCUUACCUUCUAUACACUGUUCCUAGACUGGAAUCUAUGCUAUAAUUAAAACGGCGGAGACUCCUUUACGUCUUUGUAUGCCUCGGAUAUACAAAUGUGGGACUUAACGACGUGUUAAAAAUGGACACUCUUUCUCUCUAUUCUAUCUCUUAGUUCAUCGAGUUGUUAAUAGAUGGCGCAACUUGUGAAUGGAGAGUUGCCCAAGAUAACCAUCGUUUCUAACCUAUAGCGAGGGACAUAAGAAAAAAAAAAUGAUAAUGUCUAUCUUAAAUACACUAAUCAUGUACAAAGCAUUCAUAGAUUGUCAAUAGAAUACGCUGUUGAUCGUAUUAAAAGGUUCCUAUUGGAAACGUUUUGUCUAAGAAUAAACCAUUUCAAAUUCUAUCUCAUCCCUCUCUUUUU